AUAUAUAGCUACUUACAAACACGUUUAUAUCCACCAAACGUGUUUAUUCCAUAAACGUUACUCGUUAUUCUACCUCUAAAAUGCUUAAAGGUCCCAUAUCGCGCUCAUUUUCAGGUGAAACUAGCUGACUGCUGCUGUGUUCACUGCAAUGGCUCCUCGCAAAUUUGUCAUUAAGUGUGGGAACUUUGCCGUGCUGGUGGAUCUCCACGUUCUGCCCCUGGGCGGCCAAGGGGACGCCAGCUGGUUUACUACUGACCACAUCGAGGAGGUUACAGCCCUGGUUCGAGAUGCUGUGGACCAGAGGGUUAAGCAGUACACCGAGUCCCUCCACAACAGAAGACAGCCCAAACAGAAAAAGGAGCUGGCACCUGCUUCAGCCUUUUUUGUGAAAGGGAAAAACUUCAACCUGGUUGCCAAUUUUCUGAAGCGACACAUCAACCUCAGAUGUGCAGUCAAGCAACUCCAUGGUGAUUUGCGUGUGUUUCCUGAACGCUACGUUGUGUGUGUGAGCUGUCCAGAGGAUGCCUCAGCGCACCAUGGAAACCCGAGCCUGGCCGCGACUGAACUGAGCGAACAAAGCCGAUCGGAAUAUUUUUCCAGAGCGGGAGAAACCCAAGAGCCUUUAAACAGCCCCACGAAAACAAAGAAGACUGUGCUUCAAAAGAUAGCCAAACAAGCGAGUGUCAUGGGUGAUGGACAGCAGAUUGACCAGAGAGCCUGUCCCAAAAACCAAAGAAGGGAACUUGAAGCUGGAGAGUCCGAAUCGAGCCCCGGACAGGAGGCCCUCCCAGAGGAGGACCACGAGGUGCCUUCCCACAGUGCCUUAAAGGAAGCCGUGGCUCAGAUUGGGAAUACUCGUAAGCAGGGCCUGACCCGGGAGCAGCAGACUGAGAGCAGUCCUCCAGACAGCAUCAACCCAAACGGGGCCUCAGUAGUUUUCUGCCAACAUGAAAUCAGUCAGGAGACAAGAAAGAGCAAGAGGUGCACGCCAAGCGAUGAAGGGGAAGACCCUCACCCGCAGAGGGCCAAGAGGACGUGCCUUGGAAGACCUCCAGCCACAACGCAAACUCACUCCAGCGAGUGCUGCACACAAACAUCCAAGCAUGACCUUCUUCCUCUGCCGCCCCUUCCUCCAGUCGAAGCCAAGGCAGAGUCCAAGGCUUUCCCAGUCUCCGAGCGCAAGAAAACCACACUGGAAGUAGAGCUGCUUACUCCAGGGAAACGGGCCCAGAGGCUCCCCCUCACAAGCAAUAACACGGCACAGACAAACCAAAACAGGCUGGCCGCAAGUCUGAGGGGCCUAUCUGUCAAGCCUGCAUCCUCAGGCUCCUCUAUUAGUUCCAGAUCCACACUCGGAGAGGAGGGGAGUGAAAAUGCGCCCAGAACCUCUAGAUUACGACGACUGAAGAGGUCCUGAGGGGGAGAGACAAGCUACAGUAAAGAUGCCUGACGCCACAGAGAUAGACAUGAUAUUGUGUCAGGCUACAUGUUUACCUCACAUGGCAUGCAUUUGUACGCGUGUCACAUUUUACUACAACGUCUGUUCUUUUCACAUGUGCUGCACACACACGGAUCAAAUGCCGAACACAUUAUGGCAAUUGAUACAUGAGCGUUUUCAGUUACGCUUUGUCAAAUACUUGAAACAGAGUUUGCCUCCACCCAUAAGUAGUGGUGGUCAAGAGAGGCUCGCGAAUGAAAGUCAAAAAACCUUUAAUUGGAGUUUAGAUUUGGUUUUGUGUUAAAGAUUGGGGAUUUCAGACAGGCAGGAGCCGCGCAGUACGUCAUGGCUUUCAGUCUGAAAAUACUGGCUCCUACGUGUCUGAAAACUGUCCAGUUUCCCCGCUGAAGCUCUGGUGUGAUUGAUUGCCGUUUCCAGAUUUAUUUCAUCACCCCAUUCUCAAAAAUGUAGUUAGAGUUCAUUCAUAUACAAUUUGCUCAAUACUGAGUUGCUAAGCACCUGAAAUGUAUCUUUAAAUUUGAGGGUAUUAUGCAGCUUUUGUAUUGAACUUGGACCAAAUAUGUGUGGAUAUAAGAGCAGUAUUGAAAUAUUAGUGGUUUUAUUUUGGAGUAGAAGGACGUCUACGGUAUCACAGGUUUAAAUGUAGCCGCUGUCGUCGCCCCAAAACUCAACUGGCCCUGGGCCAGAUAGAGCACGGGGCAACUAGGGGCCAACUCAUACCCCAAUGAAAAAGCCCAAGAUGUUCCACUUGAUGAUGCCUGAAUACAUUACUCCCGAUUUAUUUUUAUUUUACUGGAAUGACAUUUUAUGAUAUAAAUAAAUUUGUUUUUCCCCAGAAAAAAA